AUGCAAAUCAAGAACCUAGCGAUCGCCUGUAUCCUCACCCUCGGGUGUGAGUCACUGGCUGCUCCCAACCUCUCGUCUACCCUCAGCACCUCGGCGGGGCCCUCAACUGGGACGCGGGGUAUACCAUCCUCCUUCGCCACUCUCUCCUCUGCAACAAAGUCUCCUCGCAAACAACUAGUUCAUGCGUCCACCACGCCAACCUCGACGUUCACCCCAAUCACGUCGAGUACGACUUUGCCCAUUGAGACCGAUUCGAAGUCUCUUACCUCUGUGGCGCCUACUGCCAACCCCCGGAGGAUCAAGAUCCGCCGUCGAGUGCAGGCCCCCAGCUCUAGCCACGGGACUGUUCGGCCUUCUGGGUCUUCAGGGCCCAAAACACCCGCCGUACCAAGUGCGACGACUGCUCCAAGUGCGAUCUCUGUUUCUCAUGCUCCUGCAGCUUCAUCUAGCCAUCUGGGCAGUCGCGUGAGGACAACCUAG